AUGUCUGUCGAGGUCAUCAAUACCGUCUCCCCCAAUACCAACGAGAUUGUCAUCACCCGCAAUGGCCCGAGUCCCACCGAUCUAAAGGUGCUCUCUGAGGUCGCCACAGACUCUUUCCAGAAAUUCCGCAAGACGACUCUCAAGGAACGACAAGACAUUGUCAAGAAAUUCGUCGACAGCCUGGAAAAAAACCAGGAUGAGCUCGCCCUGGAAUUGACAACCCAGAUGGGCCGGCCCAUCGCUUAUACGGCCAAGGAAAUCACCACGGCCAUCAAGAGGGCUGUGUAUCUCCUCAAGAUUAGCGAUGAGGUUUUACAGGACGUCGAGGGCGAGCCUGAGAAAGGGUUCAAGCGGUUCAUUCGAAGAGCACCCGUCGGCCCUGUUCUCAUCAUCUUCCCUUGGAAUUACCCAUACUUGAUUCUAAUGAACGUGCUGAUUCCAGCAAUCCUGGCUGGAAACAGCGUGAUUCUCAAGCCCUCCCCGCAAACACCAACAGUUGUAGAACAGGUGGCCAAGCUUUUCGCCGCGGCUGGCCUGCCCGACGGCGUUCUGCAGUAUUUCCACUGCGGGUCGCCUAGUAUCAUGGAAAGCAUCAUUCGGGAUCCUAAGAUCGCGCUCAUCUGUUUCACGGGCUCCGUUGCCGGCGGCCUUGCCGUGCAAAAGGUUGCCGCCGAUCGGAUUGUCAACGUGGGCCUCGAACUAGGCGGCAAAGAUCCCGCGUACAUCAGAGAUGAUGUAGACAUCGACUGGGCUGCCGAAGAGAUUGUAGAUGGCGCCAUCUUCAACUCUGGCCAAAGCUGCUGCUCCGUUGAGCGCAUCUACGUGGACGAAAAGAUUCACGACGACUUCGUCGCAGCCGUUCAAAAGGUGCUCAAGGGAUACAAGCUGGGAGACCCGUUCGAUAAAUCCACUCAUGUAGGACCCGUCAUCUCCAAACGUUCCAAGGAAACAAUAGAGUCACACAUCCAAGAUGCCUUGAAAAAGGGAGCCAAGGAUGUGACGCCGGAAAACGAAAGUUUCCAAAACCCUCCGCCCAAGGGCAAUUUUGUGAGACCAACCCUAUUAACGGGCGUGGAUCACACUAUGACAGUCAUGACGGAAGAGACAUUUGGGCCUGUGAUUCCCGUGAUGAAGGUAAAGGGUGACGCAGAGGCCGUCAAGCUGAUGAACGACAGCGAGUUUGGCCUCUCGGCUAGUAUUUGGACCAAGGAUGUCGACCGAGGCUACGCCCUCUUGGAGGAAGUUGACGCUGGCACGGUCUUUGUCAAUCGCUGCGAUUAUCCUAGCCCGGAUCUCGCAUGGAUUGGAUGGAAGAACUCAGGUAAGGGCCAGACGCUCGGAAAGUUUGGCUUUGAAGCAUUUGUCAAGUCCAAGAGCUUCCACCUCAAGGACUAUCCUAAAUAA